UCGCCCGCCAACAUCUAGCGAGUCGCUCUUGAGGGAUCACGUCCAACCAUAUAAGCAGACAAGAUGUCCAAGCGCACGAAGAAGGUCGGCAUCUCCGGCAAGUACGGCACAAGAUACGGUGCCUCCCUCCGUAAGCUGGUAAAGAAGCAGGAAGUUUCUCAGCACGCCAGGUACACUUGCACAUUCUGCGGAAAGAACACUGUCAGGCGCUCGGCUGUUGGCAUCUGGUCGUGCGGGUCGUGCAAGAAGACCAUGGCUGGUGGUGCUUACACGGUAGCAACCCCUGCUGCCGCUGCGAUGCGGUCAACUCUCCGGCGACUUCGCGAGAUCACCGAGGUUUAGAGGGGACGAAGUG